AUGUCUCUUUACCGGCUUCUGUGUGGUCUAACUGUGAUGAUCAUUCUGUCGUCAAAAGGAUGUCAGUCACAGCAUGGGCCAGUUUGUGGCCGAGCUGUAAGAAACUCCAGAAUUGUGGGAGGUGAAAAUGCAUCUCCGGGAAGUUGGCCCUGGCAAGUCAGUUUAAUCUCGAAUGGCACUCUCUACUGUUCAGGGUCCCUGAUUAACAACCAAUGGGUGUUGACGGCUGCUCACUGCUUGACAGUAGAUGACCUUCGAACUACAGAAGUGUUCCUGGGCCGUCACAGCCAGUCAGGUCCAAACUUGAAUGAAGUGUCACGGCGACUUGACAGGAUCCAGUGCCAUCAAUCAUAUGAAUUUCUGACCAAAAACAACGACAUAUGUCUUCUGAGGCUGUCGGUGCCAGUGAAUUUUACAGACUACAUACAACCGGUCUGCUUGGCCUCCGCAGAGAGCACUUUCCACACGGGGGUUAGCAGCUGGGUCACUGGUUUUGGUUCUACUCAGGCUGAUUCAUUUACCCAAGCCGACAUCCUGCAGGAGGUGAAUUUACCAGUGGUGGGAAACAAUGAGUGCCAGUGCACCCAUCGCCACCUCACAGACAACAUGAUCUGUGCUGGGCUCAAAGCUGGAGAGAAGGAUGCAUGUCAGGGAGACUCAGGGGGGCCACUGGUGACCAAAAAAGAUUCAAUGUGGAUCCAGAUUGGAGUUGUGAGUUUUGGUGAGGGCUGCGCUAGGCCUAUGAGUCCUGGAGGUUACACACGUGUGUCCCGGUACCAAGACUGGAUCAGAAACAUCAUUGGCAGCAGCGAACCUGGCUUUGUUACCUACAUCUCCUCAGGAGUGGACAGUGACUUAAACUUUAACUGUCCUACAUCACCAUCAGGCAUUGCCGCAACCACCACAAUGCCCAGUACUACAACAACCAGAACAACACCCACUACCACAACAACCAGCACAACGCCCACUACCAAAACCAGCAAAGCACCCACCACCACAACAACCACCACUGCGACGCCUACUACCACAACAACAAGCACAAUGCCUACUACCACCAAGUCCAACAUGACGCCCACUACCACAACAACCAGCACAAUGCCCACAACCAGCACAAAACCUACCACCACAACAACCAGCACAACACCCACUAUCACAACCAGCACAACACCCACCACCACAACGACCAGCACAAUGCUCACAACAACUACAACAAUGCCCGCUACCACCAAAACCAGGACAAUGCCCACUACCACAACCAGCACAGCACCCACCACCACAACCAGCACAAUACCCACCACCACAACGACCAGCACAGUGCCCACUACCACAACCAGCUCAACACCCACCACCACAAUGACCAGCACAACACCCACUACAACAACCAGUACAACAUCCGCCACCACAACAACCAUCACAACACCCACUACCAUAGUAACUAGGACAAUGUCAGCUACUACAACAACUAGAACAAUGCCCGCGACCGCCAAAACCAGGACAACACCCUCUACCACAACCAGCACAACACCCACUACCGCAAUGACCAGCACAGCGCCCACCACCACAACCAGCACAAUACCCACCACCACAAUGACCAGCACAGCACCCACUACCACAACCAGCACAACACCCACUACCACACUAACUAGAACAAUGGCCGCUACCACAAUGACCAGAACAACGCCGACCACCACAACCGGCACAAUACCCACCACCACAACGACCAGCACAGCACCCACUACCACAACCAGCUCAACUCCCACCACCACAAUGACCAGCACUACCACAACAACUAGAACAAUGCCCGUGGCCGCCGAAACCAGCACAAAACCCACUACCAUAACUUCCAGGACAAGGCCUACUACAACAACAACAACCAGGACAAUGCCCACUACAACCAAAACCAGGACAAUGCCCACAACCACAUUAACCAGCACAAGGCUCACUACCACAACCAGCACAACACCUACCAACACAGCAACCAGUACAUCACCCACUACCACAACCAGCACAACACCCACCACAACAAUAACCAGCACAACACCCACUACCACAGUAACCAGAACAAUGCCCGCUACCAUCAAAACCAGGACAGUGCCCACUACCACAACAACCAGCACAAUGCCCACUACCAAAACCAGCAUAAAGCCCACUACAACAACCAGCACAAUGCCCACCACCAUUAAAACCAGCACAGCGCCCACUACCACAACCAUCUCAACACCCACCACCACAAUGACCAGCACAACGCCCACCACCACAACAACCACCGCGACGCCCACUACCACAACAACCAGCACAACGCCCGCUACCACAACCAGCACAACACCCACCACCACAAUGACCAGCACAAUGCCCGCUACCACCAAAACCAGGACAAUGCCCACAACCAUAACAACCAGCACAGCACCCAUUACAACAACCAGCACAAUGCCCACUACCACAUUAACAAGCACAAGGCUGACUACCACAACCAGCACAACACCUACCAACACAGCAACCAGUACAAUGCCCACUACCACAACCAGCACAACACCCACCAUGACAACACCCACCAUGACAACAUCCAGCACAACUACCGGCACAACACCCACCACCAUAACCAGCACAAAGCCCACUACCACAACCAGCACAAAGCCCACCACCACAACCAGCACAAAGCCCACUACCACAACCAGCAAAACACCCAUUACCACCACAACCAGCACAAAGCCCACUACCACAACCAGCAAAACACCCACUACCACAACCAGCACAACGCCAACUUCCACAACCAGCACAAUGCCCACUACCACAUUGAGCAGCACAAAGCUCACUACCACAACCAGCACAACGCCCACCACCACAACCAGCACAACAACCACAACAACCAGCACAUCACCCACCACCACCACAACCAGCACAAAGUCCACUACCACAACAAGCAGCACAACGCCCAGUUCCAAAACCAGCACAAUGCCCACUACCACAUUAACCAGCACAAGGCUCACUACCACAACCAGCUCAACACCCACCACCACAACGACCAGUACAAUGCCCACUACCACAACCAGUACAAUACCUACUACCACAACCAGCACAACACCCACCACAACAACCAGCACAAUGCCCACUACCACAACAACCAGAACAAUGCCCGCUACCACCAAAACCAGGACAACACCCACUACCACAACCAGCACAACACCCACCACCACAACAACCAGUACAACGCCUACUACCAUAACAACCACAACAAUGCCUGCUACCACCAAAACCAGGACAACACCCACUCCCACAAUCAACAAAACACCCACUACCACAACAACCAGCACAAAGCCCACUACCACAACAACCAGCACAAUGCACACUACCACAAAAACUACCACAACACCCGCUAGCACCACAACCUCAACAUUCCUGCUUAACACAACAUCCACUCACUUUACCUUACUCUGUCUUCUGGUGAUUUCACUGUAUGGGCUGGUUGGUGACUUAUGA